AGGAAGCCCACAACUCAGCUGACAACUCCCUGCUGACAUGGGGACAGUGGAGAAUAACCAUACCUGAAGUGCUUCCAUGAGGCCCAUGGACACAAGCAGCAGAGACACCAUGGCAGGAGGCUGCAUGUUGGAGGACAGAAUCCUCCUCAUGCUGGCAUUUGAGGUGCUCUGUGACCUAGCCCUCCGUGACCUCUUCAGCCUCGUGCUUGGCUUCUCCAGUACAGAACAAAGUUCCAGAGCUUAGCCCAAAGCAGCCACAGAUGAGACCACCUGGAAUGUUUGCUGAGAGGCUGAGAGGCUUUCUGGGUGCAGCUAACAGUGUAGACCACUGCAGAACAGGCCCGCCCUUAGCCCCGCCCACGCCCUCCUGGACUGUAUCCUGAACGGGGGCACUUCACACCCGAGGAACGGACCCAGGUCUUUGUCCCCCAGCCCGUCGCCAAUGGUGCCCUCGACAUCUGGACCUCGCUUUCCUGAGUCUCCCCCAAAAACGAUGCUGGUGGCUCUGCUGAUGGCUCUCCAUGCCCUCUGGCAGGCCCGGGCUGUUCCCAUCCUGCCCCUGGGCCUGGCUCCAGACACCUUUGAUGAUGCUUACGUGGGCUGCACAGAGGAGAUGGAAGAAAAGGCAGUCCCUCUGCUGAAGGAGGAGAUGGCUGGCCACGCCCUGCUGCGGGAGUCCUGGGAGGCAGCACGGGAGGCCUGGGAGCACAAGCGUCGAGGGCUCACCCUGCCCCCUGGCUUCAAAGCCCAGCACGGAAUCGCCGUCAUGGUCUAUACCAACUCAUCUAACACUUUAUACUGGGAGCUGAACCAGGCUGUGCGAACAGGCGGUGGCUCCCGGGAAUUCUACAUGAAGUACUUCCCCUUCAAGGCCCUGCAUUUCUACUUGACCCGGGCCCUGCAGCUGCUGCAGGGCAGUGGGGGCUGCAACGGGGGACCUGGGAAGGUGGUGUUCCGAGGCGUGGGCACCCUUCACUUUGAACCCAAGAGGCUGGGGGACUCUGUCCGCUUGGGCCAGUUUGCUUCCAGCUCCCUGGAUGAGGCAGUGGCCCGCAGAUUUGGUAAUGCCACCUUCUUCUCUCUAAGGACUUGCUUUGGGGCCCCUAUCCAGGCCUUAUCUGUCUUUCCUGAGGAGCGCGAGGUGCUGAUCCCCCCACAUGAAGUCUUCUUGGUCACCAGGUUCUCCCAGGAAGGAGCCCAGAGCCUGGUGACUCUCUGGAGCUAUAAUCAGACCUGCAGCCACUUUAACUGUGCCUAUCUGGGUGGGGAGAAGAGGCGGGGCUGUGUAUCUGUACAAACAGGAGGACAGCCAGACUCCACCUCCCAGGGGGACUUCUCUCUACUCUCCUGGAAGACCCUGUUCUUGGCACCUAGGGGCUUCCAGAUCUCAGGAGUCGGGCCCUGAAAGUUCAAUAUCUGCCACUUAGGAGUUCUGGGAACUGGUGACCUUCAUAUGAAGAAGGGAGCUUCGAACAGCCUCGAAGCGAGAAAGUGGUUUCGGACACAGCCCUAGCAGCCACUUCCCCAGGGAUGGGGACCCACCCAGCCAUCUCUCUAUCCAGCCAUCUCCCCUCCCAACCAGGAUGUGGGGGGAUCUGAGGCCAUGGCAGGGUGGAGGGAGCCCUGCUGUGUGGUGGUAGGGACUCCCUGGGACAAGCACGGGUAGUACUAUGACGAUCACUCAAUUAAACAGUAUUGCAGUGUGGUGACAUCAAAUUUCACGAUUGGUUUAUUCCAUGAGACCAGACCAUCUACUCUGCUCUAGCCUUGCCAGACUCAGAAACUGAGGGACUAAAAGGAUGACUUCUUGAUCCCUCCUAGACAUGGUCUCCUAUGCAGACCCCUGUCACAUACCACAACUUGCAAACCAGAAACUUUAAGAGUCAGAGAUUCCCCACAACCUCCAGGAAGGAAGGCAGAAAGGGAGAAAGGGAGGGAGAGAGGGAGGGAGGAAGGAAGGAAGGAAAGGGAGGGGAGGGAAGGAAAGGAAGGAAGGGAGAUGGAUUCAUCGCCCAUUUGUCAGAUGAGGAAUGCAAAGCUAAGGAAAGAAGCAACUUGCUUAAGAUCAAAGAGUUAGUAUUAAAACCAGGCUCCCUGCCUCCCAGUCCAGAAUCCUUUCCACUAAUGAUGUGAAGGAACUCAAGUAGGAGCCUAAACCCAAGAUAUCUGGGACCCCAUAGCAAGACAUUUCUGUCUCUCCUGCUCCCACAAGAGU